AUGUCAAAACACAUUUUAUUCGCAGCGGAAUACGCAAAUCUGCCUCUGAUUCCACCGUCACUGCAACCAGAGGCAGACUUCUCUUAUGGAGCCAACUUCGCCUCAGGAGGAGCAGGCGUUCUCAACUGGACUAAUAGUAACUUCAAUAUGAUCAAUUUUAUGGAGCAAGUUGGCCAAUUUAAAGAUAUGGCAAGGAGACUGAAUGCAACAUUAGGUCCCACUAAAACAAGGGAGAUUUUGGGCCAAGCUGUCUACUUAUUCAGCAUCGGUGGCAAUGACUACAUCUACUAUUUCAUUGACUUUUACUCGGAAGGCCAAAGCUCCACUCAGUCGGACCAAGAACAGUUUGUCAAAGCGAUAGUUGGCAACACGACAAAUGGACUCAUCGAACUUUAUGGAUUGGGGGCAAGGAAAAUCGCAUUCCAGAACGUGGGGCCAAUGGGAUGCCUUCCCCUUUUCGAAAUGGACUAUCCUGAAUAUAACGGGAGUUGCAUCCCGGUGCUACUCUCAAUGCCCAUUUUACAUAACAAGGAGCUCUAUGAAACACUCACGGAUUUGGCUGAACGUUUAGAGGGAUUCAAGUUCUCGGUUAUGGAUUACUUGCCUUCCCUUUAUGAUAGAAUGAUGAAUCCUUCUAAGUACGGUUUCGAGAUCGGGAGAGCCCCAUGCUACGGCAAAGAUUGCAAAGAUUACCAGGGACCUCGGGGAUAUGGCUCAGGAAAUUAUAACCUUUGUGAGUACCCGAGUGCGUAUGUUUUCUUCGAUGCCGCUCACACGACUCAAAGAGCCAAUGAACAGUUGGCCAAGCUCUUAUGGGACGGGGAUCCUUCAGUUACAAGACCUUAUACUGUGAAGCAACUUUUCGAGGAAGACUAAGGCUUUACUUAUUCCAAUGCAAUGAUAGACUAUCACCGUCAAGGAACGAGGGAAAGAAAAAGGGGGAUGAGGUAGUGGUUGAUGUGAAUCAUACCCUACAUCGUCAUCGAAUUCUCAAAUAAAUUGAUUUUUAUGUGAUUAAAACCUGGGUUAUGGCUUCUGGUGUCAGCUCCAGUGACUGAUGGGAAGCUUUUGUGAU